AUGUCGCCAGCAAUUUCAGGGGCUUUGGAAGUCCCAGCCUUCCAAAGGGCAUAUGUUUCUAAGUCACACGGAGACGGACUUGAGUUUGCCACGAUCAAAGUUCCUAUAUAUUCUGCCGAUGAGAUAUUGGUCAAAAUCUUGUUCUCGGGCGUCUGUCAUACGGACUUCCACGCGUGGAAAGAACACUGGCCUGUUAAGCCGAAGGACAAUCUUGUUGGCGGGCACGAGGGAGCCGGCAUAGUCGUGGCGCUCGGUGAGGAUGUUACAGAUAUAUCCAUCGGCGACAGAGUUGGUGUACAGUGGGUGAACAGGACCUGCGGAUCCUGCGAAUUCUGCUCUCGUGAUUCCCAACCACUAUGUCCACAUAUCCAACUUUCGGGAUAUACUGUCGAUGGAACCUUUCAGCAGUACUGCGUAUGCAAAGCCGAGAACGCAGUUCGUAUACCACCGGAUAUCCCUCUCGAUCAGGCUGCUCCCAUACUGUGUGCUGGUCUAACGGUAUACAAAGCACUUAAGGAGUGCAGUCUCAAGCCAGGAGAAUCAGUCGCAAUUGCAGGAGCAGGAGGGGGUCUUGGUACGUUGGCGUGCCAGUUUGCAAAAGCAUGCGGAUACCGCGUUCUGGCGAUCUCCGCGGGCGAAUCGAAAAGGAAAAUGUGCAUCAAGAAUUUGGGCGUCGACUGCUUUGUCGACUAUAAAGCUUCACCUAGCCUUAUUGAAGAGGUCAAAGAAAUUACCCAAGGGGGUCCAAAUGCCGUCAUCGUCGUCAGCUCAACAACAAAGCCGUUUGAUGAAGCUAUUCAUUAUGUAAGACCGAGGGGUACUAUUGUCGCUGUCGGCUUGCCGCCCGGGUGUAUGAACGCAGACAUCUUUACGAUCGUCCUUCGUAAUAUCACUAUAAAAGGAAGCUACGUAGGGAAUCGUUACGAGACAGAAGCAGCACUGGAGAUUGCCUCUCGCUCAGGGAUUAUCGCGCCUUACAAGUUACUUGAUGCCCGCGAACUGCCAAAGGUGUAUGAGCGAAUGGACAAGGGAGAAAUGGAAGGGAGGGCUGUUCUUCGCAUUUCUGGCGAUGAAGUCAUAUCGUCUCCUGUCAGUCUAACUCCACAAUUGCAGCCGCAGUUCCGUCCAGACGAGUUCAAUGUCGGAACUAGGUUGGCGUACCGGUUGGAGGAGCUGGGAGUUACGGAUUGUUUUGCAGUACCUGGCGACUUCAACCUGGGCUUACUUGACGAAAUACUGAAGAAUCGGUCCAUACGCAUGAUUGGAUGCUGCACUGAGUUAAACGCCGGCUAUGCUGCAGACGGUUACGCUCGAUCUUCGCCGGGGAAAGUCGCUGUGGUUUUCAUAACUUUCAUGGUGGGUGGACUUUCUUUGAUUAACGCCAUUGCUGGUGCCUAUUCGGAAGCUUUGAGGGUAGUGGUCAUAUCCGGCUGUCCGCCCCAGAAAACAUUCAAAGAGGAGCGAUUGGUCCACCAUACGUUAGGCACUAAGAACAAAGACCAAGCCUUACGAAUGUUCAAAGAAGUUACGGCAUUGUCGGUGCGCAUAACAAGCGAACAUGAACCUGCGGAGGCUCUUGAUAAUGCGAUUCGCUGCUGUUUGGAAGCAUCACGUCCAGUGUACAUUGAGAUUCCUACGGACAUUGCCCAGGAGCCUUGCGAAUCUCCUGGUUCCCUCCUGAUCAAUCUUUCCAGGCGAUUCGAGAUGAGCCACGCCCUCAACAUUGUUGAUGCAAUCAUACAAUGUUGGAAUGCAGUGAAGAAACCGGUUUUACUGGUUGGGGCCCAUGCGCGCCAAGCUCUUCAUCCUGAUAUGUUGGUCUCUCUCAUCGAUAAACUCGGUUGUCCAGUUUUAGUCCAACCUGACGCUAAGUCCCUUGUGCCUGAGGACCAUCACCAUUUCCUAGGCACAUUUUGGUCCAGCGCAAGCGAGCAAAAAUGUCACAAAACAUUCAAGGCCUCUGAUUUAUGGAUCAUGGUUGGAUGUCGUUGGACUGACUAUCACACACUGGGCUGCCUUGACAUGGAAAAAGAAACUCACCGUAUCCUCGACCUUCAGGACGGAUUUGUCACGACUCCUAGUGGUGAGAGCUUUGCAGGCAUACCGCUCAACGAGUUGAUAAACCUCAUCGCUCAGUCAGAUAUCCACCACAAAGAAAUCACGAUACCCAAUGGGGUCGUCCAGACUACUAAGGUCAAACGAGCUACCAUAGAGACCUCAAGUCUGUCGCUCUCCAGCAUCCUCAGUGGAAUACAGGACGUGAUAAAAUCCGACAAUUCCGUCAUUGCUGACACUGGCGAUAGCUGGUUCAAUGCCCAAACGAUCAAAUUGCCCUGGGGAGCCGACUACCAGAUGCAGAUGGUGUAUGGUUCGAUCGGGUGGAGCCUUCCAGCGACCCUUGGUUAUCAGCUUGGCCGGCCAGACCAACGAGCCAUACUGAUGAUCGGAGACGGUAGCUUUCGCAUGACAUGCCAAGAAUUAAGCACCAUGAUCAGCCUGAGACUCAACCCUAUCAUCUUCGUAUUCAACAAUCUAGGCUACGCAAUAGAGACCGCAAUCCACGACGGGCCAUACAACUAUUACACGAAUUGGAAUUAUGCCUCAUUCGCAAAUAGCCUCUGUAGCCCUUUCCAUGCCGUCUACAACAACCCAUAUUUUGACCACAAUCUCGCGGAGAAUUGUUCGAAUCCUCCGAUGUUCUCAGCGCAGAUCAAAACCACUGCGGACUUAAUGAUAGCCCUUAAACGUGCUGAGCGGGAGCCCAAAAAGCUUGCCUUUCUGGAGUGCUGCAUCAAUCCCAGCGACGUCAGUUCCUCACUUCGUCGCUUUGGCUUGGCUGUUGGCUCUGGACGCAAGGAGGGCGAGAAUGGCUACACAGACAACAAUUCGUGA